AAUUUAAUGCCAACUUUUCACAUUCAAUUAUAUUUUCCGAGUUGGUUUACGAGCAUACGUUUUAUGGUCGCCUGAUGCGUCUGUUGCGAUUUUCAAAUAAAACAUGGCAUUAAACUGGUGGAUGCAGUUUCCCGGCGCUUACAAAUAAAGAACUUUUUAAGUAAUGUUUCGCUUCCUCUCUCAUUCGCCCUUGCUUCUCGUAAAAUUUUAACUUUAAUUUCCAUUCAUUAAGGAGAGUUGGCGCCGAGAUGUUCCGAAGGCGCGGUGCCGAUGGCGCGGGCUAACCGCUCUCGGCUAGGCGCCCAUGCGCGCCUGCCUGCUCGUGUGCGCGGCGCUCGCGCUCGCGCCGGGCCCAUGGGCGCGCGCCGCCGCCACUACGCACGAGCCCGCGCGUCUCCAACACAUCAAAACACAAAUUUUAGCCAAGCUGGGUUUAUCAUCACGUCCGACGCCACUGGGGACUCCACCACGUGACGUCGUCCGCCAGAUCCUGGCGCGAGCGGCAGACCCUUAUCCUGAGCCUCCACAGGUCGAGCACAGCAUGAAGGAGAUAAUCGCCAUCGCGCAUAGAGUUAUUCUAGACUGCAGCUCUACAUUAAGGUUUGCCACUAAAUCACAACUUAACAACGCUGGAAGAUCGUCACAUAAGAGUAUAAACAAGAACAGUUGGGUGAAUCAACAGCAGGAUUAUUUUAUUGAUAGCGGGCGAGGAAGUAUCGAUGUACCCUCUACAUAUAACUUGGAAUGAAGACCCAUGAAAAGGUUAUAAAACUACCAACGAUGUACUGGUGCUUUGGGAAAUACAUUUUACUAUCGACCA